GUCAUUUUCCGCCCGCCUACUUUUCCCGCCAUUUUGAUUUUAUUCUUGUUCAUCUUUCCUUGCAAAUUUGGAUUGCGUGUAACUCGGUGACCGUUCAUCGCACAUGGGUUGAUUGAAAAUGGCUACUUACAGGAUUCCAGAUGAGCUCUUAAGAAAUGAGGAGUUAAUCAAAGAACUAGAGGCAAUCGCUAAAGAUUCUGCACUGUUGCAUGGCAUAUUAUUUCGCACCAAAGAAUCACCAAACUCUUCAGAAGUGGUAAACUAUGCACCAUUCACACUCUUCCCUUCCCCGAUGCCUACAGUACUCUUUCACCAGGCCCUUGAACUCGCAACCCAUUUUAAUCGGCUGAUAGACAGAGUCAGUCAGAGUCCACGUUUCCUUGAGGAGGCUCUUGCAAGCACCAUCAAGGUUGACAGUUUCACAUCAAAACUCUUCAGCAUUUACAGACAAGUUCAACAGGAACCUCAGGACAUGGCAAUAAUACUGUGCUUGAAUCGCUCUGAUUACAUGAUUGAUCAUGUGGAUGGAAAAGAGGCCUUAAAACAGAUUGAAAUAAACACUAUUUCAGCCAGUUUUGGGGGCCUUUCCUCACGUACACCAAAUGUUCAUCGGCACAUUCUGAAGGUUGCAGGCCUGUUGGAGGAAAGCAAACUGAUCUUGGAUAAUAAUCCAGCAGCAGGUCUGGCAAAGGGCUUGGCAAAGGCCUGGGAGCUUUAUGGCUCUGAGAGGGCAGUUGUGAUGUUCCUAGUCGAGGAUGUCGAGAGGAACAUUUAUGACCAGCGAUGUGUGGAGAAUGAGCUUUGGGCAAGAAACAUUCGUGUCAUAAGAAGACGGCUUGAAGAUGUGAGUAGAAGUGGAUCUCUGGACCAGAACAAGAGACUGUUUGUAGAUGGACAAGAGAUUGCUGUUGUUUAUUUCCGCAGUGGAUACAUGCCUCACCAUUAUAAAGCGGAACAAAGCUGGGAGGCUCGGUUGAUGAUGGAGCGCUCAUGUGCUGUGAAAUGUCCAAACAUCAGCACCCACCUUACUGGCACUAAAAAGGUCCAGCAGGAGUUGGCUCGGCCAGGUGUCCUUGAGAGCUUCUUUCCUGAUGAGCCUGAAACGGUGACUCAGAUUCGUGCCACUUUCACUGGCUUGUACACAUUAGACAUGGGAGAGGAUGGGAACCAGAAUGUGGCUAUGGCUUUGGCCAAACCAGACCAGUACGUGUUGAAACCACAGAGAGAAGGAGGAGGUAACAACAUUUAUGGGGAUGAUCUUUACCGUAUGCUGGAGAACUUGAAGGACAGCACAGAGAGAACUGCCUACAUCCUGAUGGACAAAAUCCAGCCCCGGCCCACCUAUAACUACAUUUGCCGAAAGGGGGAUCCACUGACACUGAAGAUGUGCCUCAGUGAACUGGGGGGUUUUGGAGCCUAUGUUAGGAGAGGAACGGAGGUGGUGAUGAAUGAGUAUGUGGGCCACCUGCUCAGGACGAAGAGCGUGGAACAUGAUGAUGGAGGGGUUGUUGCAGGAGUUGCAGUACUUGACAAUCCUCUACUGAUUUAAGUCUGAGUAUGUCAGGAACAGAACUUUACACUGACAAACAUACCCAAGAAUCAUCCCUGUAUACAAACCCAAAUCAGAACAAAAUUGCAACGGUAUAGAAAAUGCAAAUAAAAAGCAGUGAUUUCUAAA